AUGGCCGCUGAAGUACUCAGCCAGGAGAAAAAUUUGCGUGUCCUGUCGCAUGUCGAGGAAAAUGAUGGCCUUGAUAUUGAGCUUGCAAAAUGUGGCGAGAUCCCGGGACUGAAGCUUGACGAGCAUGGGCUCCCUCUGGUGCCUCAACCUACUGAUCACAAGGCUGAUCCACUGAACUGGCCGAAGUGGUACAAGUACUACGUGCUGUCGCUGCUGUGUCUCCUCGCCUUCUGUGUUCAGUUCGGAGCUGGCAUGGUUCCUGCCGCGUUUGGAGUGGUUGCGAAAGACUUCAAAGUUACGCACCAGCAAGCCAGCUACUUGACGACAUCAUAUACGCUCUUUGGUGGUAUCACUCCUCUUCUGUUGACACCGUAUGUCAAUAUGUAUGGUCGAAGACCUGCUUAUCUGAUCUUCACUUUAAUUGCCAUAGGCGCAAAUGUUGGCUCAGGAUACGCUUCAACCUACGCUCGCGAGGUCGUCAGUCGAUGCUUCGUCGGUAUUGGUGCUAGCGUUGCUUUGGCCAUUGGUGGCGCUACUAUUUGCGAUAUGUUCUUUCAAGGUGAACGUGGAAAGUAUAUGGGCUUUUACGCUCUAGCGGUCACGAAUGGGCCACACUUUGGUCCCAUCGCCGGUGGUUAUAUCGCACUCAAUCUUGGGUGGAGAUGGAUCUUCUUCAUCAACGCCAUUAUUUUCGGCGCCGUCCUAGCUAUCUUCCUGGUCUCCUUCCCUGAGACGCUCUUCUCCCGGACAGACUCUAGCAAACUUGAGAAUCAAACCUACUGGCACAAGAUGGCGUUCCGUGGAAAGGUCUUGGACCGCAAGCUGACUCUGUCCGACUUCUCUGCCAACUUCAAGAUGCUCAAAUACGUUGCGAUUACGAUUCCUUGCAUCUACUACAUGACGACCAACACCUACGGCUCAAUCGUUUUCGUGCUCACCGCAUCUUCCAUCAGCGAGAAGCUCUACGACUUCAAUACGGCCCAAAACGGUCUUUUACUGGGCAUUCCUCUCACACUCGGCUGUCUGAUCGGAGAAUCCUGCACCGGAUGGAUCUCGGACCAAUUGAUUAACCGUUAUGCCCGCCACCAUGAUGGUUAUAGGAAGCCCGAGGCUCGUCUGUACCUCUGUUUCCUCGGUCUCUUCUUGCCCGUUGGCCUGAUCAUCCAUGGCCUCUGUGUCAACAACAAAACUCCAUGGAUCGGUCUCGCCGUUGGUAUGACGGUUGCCAGCGUUGGCGUCCAGGCGGGCACGACUCUGACCUAUGCUUACUGCACAGACUGCUAUAAGCCUCAAGCUGCGGAAGUGUCGACCAUCAUCAACCUGUUCCGUCAGAUCUUCGCCUUCACUAUCGGCUUCUACGCGCUGCCGUUUGGUCAAUCUGUCAGCUUCGGGGCUGCCUGGGGAACCUUCGCCGCCAUUAACUUCGUAACCUGGUUGGGUCUGCUAUUCCUUAUCUGGAAAGGCGAAAAGAUCAGGAGGGCGCAAGGUGAGCCGAAUCUUCAUAAAGAUUUGUGA